AUGUCCAAUAUUUCGAUAAGUGGAUCAGUCGACAGACCAGAGGUGCCGAUGAUCGCACCAAAAGUUGAAACCGACGACGAAUCAGUGCUAGCCGACUCCCCAUAUGCUCCAAGACUGAAAAGAGCGUUUUCUUCAGCAGAAAGCGCGCGCAACCCGAAAAGGACCAAAGAUGAGGAAAAUUCACCCUCAUCUUCCGGCCACGCCGCUGGCCACCGCCCAGUGACCUCAUGUACUCACUGUCGCCAGCACAAGAUCAAAUGUAAUGCUUCCGAACGUUUUCCUGUUCCUUGUUCCCGCUGUGAGCGCAUGGACCUGAAAUGCGAGAUAGACCCCCAGUUCAGGCCCAAAAAAGGCUCUCAACUUCAGUCUCUUCGUAAUGAUGUGGACGAGCUGCGAAAGAAAAUUGAGUUUCUGACGAAAAAUGAAUCACUGAUCUCCAAUGUGCUCCAGUCCUCAAACCCAGAUCUUUUACAGGAACUGAAGGAAAAGAAACCAGUACAGAAUUUCCAAACUUCGCAUGCACCCCCUCCCGUCGAACAAAGUCAGGGCCCUCCAAGACCCGCAGUGACAGAGCUGAAUCCCCUUCCUGUUUCCCAGACAAAUUCAGUGAAGAGCAACGGCUCGGUAUCCGAAUUCAUAUUGGGUGACGUGAAAAUCUCGUAUGAAAAAGCCACAGAAUUACAUCAAAGGUUUAUCGUUCACUAUCUGCCUUAUCUACCCAUUAUGAUUUCAAACGAUUGUGUUCAGCUGUACCAGCAAUCACAACUUCUAUUCUGGACUGUGAUGCUCACUGCAUGUCUUUCUGACCCUGAACCUUCUUUAUACAUUUCUUUGGCGUCUCUCAUCAAACAGCUUGCCAUCGAGACAUGCUGGAUCCAGACUCCCAGAAGUACUCACAUUGUGCAGGCGCUUCUGAUACUGGGAACCUGGCCAUUACCUAACCAGAAAGUUUUGGAUGACUGCUCCUACAGAUUUGUUGGACUGGCGAAAAGUUUGUCACUUCAGCUGGGGUUGCACAGAGGCAAAUUCAUUAGCGAGUUCUCUAGAACCCAGGUGGCUCUCCCGGAUGCGGAAAAAUGGCGCACAAGAACAUGGUUGGCCGUGUUUUUUGCUGACCAAUUUUGGGCAUCAAACCUGGGCCUCCCGUCCUCAAUGCAGACAGAUUUCCUACUCGAACAGGCCCGUAUUGACCAGUCGCUCCCGAAGAAUUUCCGAUGCUUAAUUUCGUUGGCUAUAUUCCAGGCAAAACUUGUGAAUGUGAUGGGAUCGAGUGUGACAAGUCCUGACGGGCUCAUGGACCCGCGCAACAGAGCAGGGGCUCUGGCAAUCUUGGAAAGAGAGCUUGAACGGUUGGCGUACAAACUGCAAAUCAAUGAUAUCGUGGUAGAAAGCUACUAUCUUUAUGUCCAGCUGAUGGUGUGCUGCUUCGCUUUUCUUCCAGAGACGCCCAGCGAAGAUCAAACCAAAUAUGUCACGCAAGCUUACCUUUCGGCAACUAGAAUUAUUACAAUCGUUUCAAAACUGACUGAGUCCAGACAACUCACCGAAUAUCCUAUCUAUGUGCGACAGUCGGUUUCCAUGGCUGCUUUUGUAUUAUUCAGACUCCAUUUGACACCAUAUUUAUUACCAAAGUACAUCGACUCCGCCAGACAAUCAAUCGUCACCGUCCACCGCCUGUUCCGUAAUAUGCUCGCUGCUUGGAAGGAUGUUGAGAAUGAUAUCAGCCGAACUGCCACCGUGCUCGAAAAACUCAAUUUCGUCAUCAUCACACACCCUGAGCUUUUCACAGAUACAGAUGGUAUCAUCGCAAGAAUGCGGUCGCACUUAACAGGCUCGUUGUUCUACGAUCUGGUUUGGUGUAUCCAUGAGGCAAGAAGAAGAUUGAUCGCUGAACAAAACUCGCCCGUCAAGGAAACCAAACCGAAGAGCAGUCGCAAAGUACUCCCAUUGCCUUUUUACAACCAGAUCACGAAAGACGACUUUAGAGCAAUUACCACCACAACACCAAAUGGAACAACGGUCACUACACUGGUGCCUACUCACCAAGCGAUAUCGAAUGCGCGGGCGAACGCAUCUGCUGCUGGACUGUCAGACCCUACCGAAAUCAAUGGGAUUCCUCUUGCGAUGCUCGAGGCCACUGGCUCUCUACCUGAAAAAAGCAAGCACACUGGAAAUGGCACGCAUUCUGAUUCAAUGGACCCUCCAAAAGUUCAACUACAUAACAAGAUGGCCACGAAGGCGCGGAAGAGGAGCAAAAGUACAAAUGCUGUUAGUGUCCCAGCAAGACCUAUUGCCCCAGCGCCUCCUAGAACACCUUCUGGAACUCCUCUUCCGAUAGAACAGUCGCUCUUUGGCCCUCCUGUAGAUGCCCCAAUGAUGUCCCAAAUGCCACCACAGGUAGUGUCGCAAACACCCUCCGCUUCCAACUCCAGAAGCAACUCGAAUGAGCAAUCGCCAAACUCCGAUGCGCUAACCAACAAUCUAUUCAUUGACUCCAUAUUUCAACAACAAGGCGGUGCGAACUGGAUGGACAACACGGAUGAUUUCUUGGGCUGGUUUGACAUAAAUAUGGCUCCUGAAUUUUAA